AAAUACUUUCAAGAAUUAAAAAUAUUUAAAUUGUAGAUUAGGAAUAUAAAUUUUUCAAAUUUUAUAAAGUUUUAAUUUUAAUGAGAUGAAUAUUUCUCAAAUAUUUUUGAAAAUUGCUACAGAUGAAAAAGUAGGAUUUGCUAUUGCAACAUUAAUAGGUUAUUGUUUAUAUAAAAUAAUGUUAAUAAUUAAUAAAAAAAAAUUGCAAUCUUCUAGCAAUGAAACAUUAAAUAUGAUAUUUUCGGAUAAUUAUAAGCUUAUUUUAAUUAUUAGAACUGACUUAAAAAUGGGAAAAGGAAAAGUAGCAGCACAAUGUGCUCAUGCUGCUAUUGCAGCUUAUAAAGCAGCUGUAAAUUAUCCUAGAAUUUUAAAAGCUUGGGAAAAAUGUGGCCAAACCAAAAUCACAGUUAAGGUUGACAGUGAUGAUGCUUUGAAAGAAAUAGCAAAACAAGCCAAAGCUAUAGGACUUUUGACAAAUAUAAUACAGGAUGCUGGACAUACUCAAGUGAAACCAGGAAGUAGAACAGUAUGUGCAAUUGGUCCUGGUCCAGCUGAAUUAAUAGAUCAAGUAACAGGACAUUUAAAAUUGUUUUAAUAAUUUACUAAAUAAAGGUAUCUUAUUUUUUACCUAA